UUAAUCCGCGUUUUGUCUGCCAUUCUCCUUUCUCUUCAAUCUGAGUUUGGUGGGGGUGGUUUUAAGUAAAGCGUGCGCUACAAAAACAGACAUCCUCUGUAACUCCUCUGUUCUUGCUCUACUCGUCUUCUUCAUCUCCCUCUCUCUCUUGGUUUUUCAUUUGUCCUUCAGAAAAGUAAAAAAGAUUCAACCUUUUAAAGCUGAUUCAGAUAUAAUCUUUUACUUUUCUCCUCAAAAAGACGAGCUCGUGUUGAAAAUUUGAAGAUUCCGCGCAAAAUAAGAGAGAGGCGAAACCUUUCUUUGACCAAAGACGACUGGUUUGGUCUGAAUCUCUUUGUGUUCAUACGGUAGACAAAAAAAAAAUAGUUAUUUGUUUUUGUUUUGUUGUCUGAAUUGAGUCAAAUACUGGAUUUGAUUCUAUUCCGUCAAUCAUCAUGCAAAGAGUACGCCAUAAACCAAGCGGAGGAAGAACCACGACGGCUUCCGUCAAGCAUUUAAUCAAACAGAGAGGCGGAGACACGGAGGCGGCUUCGGUUGAUGAUAACAGUCUCUUGACGGAUAUGCAGGAGCCGAGCGUGGAUACUGACAAACUCAGCUACGAGAUUUUCUCCAUCCUCGAGAGCAAGUUCCUCUUCGGGUACGACCAAGACCCGAAACCCGAACCCGAACCGGUUAAUUCGGUUGUUGACUCUGUCCCUGGAUCGGUCAAGAACCAGAGAGGCAAAGUUUGUAUCUUGAGCAUCGACGGAGGAGGCAUGAGAGGGAUUAUACCCGGAAAGGCCUUGGCUUAUCUAGAACACGCUUUGAAAUCCAAGUCGGGCGACCCGAAUGCCCGUAUCGCCGAUUACUUCGACGUCGCCGCCGGGUCCGGCGUCGGCGGGAUUUUCACGGCGAUGCUGUUCGGGUCGAGGGACGGUGACCGUCCGAUCUUUAAAGCAGAGGACACGUGGCAGUUCCUUACGAAAAACGCAAAGGGUCUUUACGGGUCGUCUAAUUCUUCGCUAAUGAAACGGGUCAUGCGAACCGGGUCGUCGGGUUCGGGUACGGCGAAGUUGAAGAGAGUGAUGAAAGAGUCUUUCUCUGAGCUGACUUUGAAGGACACGCUCAAACCUGUGCUCAUACCUUGCUACGACCUUAAAAGCUCAGCUCCGUUUUUAUUCUCACGCGCCGACGCGCUUGAGACGGACGGCUACGAUUUUCGUCUCUGGGAGGUUUGUAGAGCGACUUGGGCUGAGCCAGGGGUGUUCGAGCCGGUGGAGAUGAAGUCGGUCGAUGGGAAGACUAAGUGUGUGGCGAUAGGUGGAGGUUUAGCUAUGAGCAAUCCAACGGCGGCUGCGAUCACGCACGUGCUGCACAACAAGCAGGAGUUUCCGUUCGUGCGUGGAGUUGAGGAUCUGCUUGUGUUGUCUCUUGGUAUGGGUCAGUUGCUUGAUGUGAGCUAUGAGUAUGAUCGGAUUAUUAAGUGGACGGCUAAGCAUUGGUCUCGCCCCGCUGCUCUUAUUUCAAACGACGGUGCUGCCGACACGGUCGAUCAAGCUGUGGCCAUGGCUUUUGGUCACUGCCGCAGCAGCAACUACGUUCGGAUUCAGGCGAAUGGGUCGAGCUUAGGACCUUGUAAGCCAAACAUAGACGCAGACCCGAGUGGGAGCAAUGUGAAUAUGCUGGUUGGAGUAGCGGAGGAGAUGCUAAAGCAAAAGAAUGUAGAAUCGGUUUUGUUUGGAGGCAAAAGAAUCGAUGAACAGAGCAAUUUCGAGAAGCUUGACUGGUUAGCCGGGGAACUAGUUCUUGAGCAUCAAAGGAGAAAUAGCAGAAUUGCACCAACCGUGGCGUUCAAGCAAUCAGUUCAUAGGGCAGAUCAGAAGACAAGGGACAAGGAUAUUGGUGUGACCGCCAGAGAACGAUGAACAAGAAAUAAAAAACAUGUUAUUGUUCUCUCUAUUUUGGUUUAUUUAGAGAUUGUAGGAUAAGGUUUUUCUCAGGUUAUGAUUUGUUGUAUAGAUUUGAGAUGAAAAGGGGAAACAUCUAUCAUCAUAUUGUAAAAGGGCAUCAAACUCCUUCAUUCAUGCUGCCAAAAAAAACAUGAUUCCUGUAAUAAUUUCAAUGUCUUUGUUUUCAUCAUGA